GAAAAGAAUGCUGCUGGUUGCACUUACUAUCGAUGGAAAUCGAAAAGAAUGCUGCUGGUUGCACUUACUAUCGAUAGCAAGACAUCAAUGAGUGCUUUCUUUGUUGUAGACUCUUCUGCAACUUAUAAUGCAUUACUGGGACGUGAUUGGAUCCAUUUGAAUUGGUGUGUUCCAUCUACUCUUCACCAAAGACUCAUUUUUUGGAAUGGAGGCAAAACUGAGGUGGUUCAAGUUGAUAGCAGACCAUUCUUAGCCAAUUCCAAUAUGGUGGAAGCACGAUACUAUGAUGAAGAUGUUGGAACAAUUUGUUUCUUUGGCAUGGAUAAACAAGGAAGAUCUCAUGGAAUCACUACUUGCAACAAGCCCACCUUGGCUAAGUAUGUGGUUGACGAGCGGGCCAUGAAUGCAAUUUUCUAUGACAUGAUUGGUCGCUUCAUGGAGAUUUAUAUUGAUGAAGUUGUGGUCAAAUCUAUAGAGGAGGAAGAACAUUUGGAGCACUUGAGGAAAGCUUUUGAUAGGAUGUGACAACACGGUUUGAAGAUGAAUCCUCUCAAGUGUGCUUUUGGUGUUACAACAAGGAACUUUUUGGGUUUUUUGGUUCAUGAAUGAGGCUUGGAGGUGGACAAAAACAAAGCAAGGGCCAUAAUUGAAGCACGGCUACCACAAAAUAAAAAGGAAUUGCAACG